CGGACCCGCGGGACUGCAGCGGGAGCCGAGCCGGGACUGUCGCGCGGGCCGCGCCGGCGAUGCCGCGCCCCCGGGCCGGGCUGUAGUGGGGCCGGGGCGGAGUGCACGCCGGGCAGGCCGGACAUGGAGGUGGUGGACGAGACGGAGGCGCUGCAGCGCUUCUUCGAAGGCCACGACAUCAAUGGAGCCCUAGAGCCCUCCAACAUAGACACCAGUAUCCUGGAGGAGUACAUCAGCAAGGAGGACGCCACCGACCUCUGCUUCCCUGACAUCUCUGCUCCAGCCAGUGCGGCCUCCUACCCCCAUGGGCAGCCAGUGAUCCCCGGCUCCAGCGGGGUCCACCACCUGAGCCCCCCUGGGGGUGGACCCUCCCCAGGGCGCCAUGGCCCCCUCCCACCCCCGAGCUACAGCACCCCGCUCAACUGCAACAACAACAAUGGCAUGGGCACCGCUCCCAAGCCCUUCCUGGGGGGCUCUGGGCCCCCCAUCAAGGCUGAGCCCAAGGCUCCCUAUGCCCCAGGCACACUGCCGGACUCUCCCCCAGACUCGGGCUCUGAAGCCUACUCCCCCCAGCAGGUGAAUGACCCCCACCUCCUGCGUACCAUAACCCCUGAAACCCUGUGCCACGUGGGAGUGCCCUCCCGCCUGGAGCACCCACCCCCACCUCCAGCCCACCUGCCAGGCCCCCCGCCACCCCCACCUCACUACCCCGUCCUGCAGCGGGACCUGUACAUGAAGGCUGAGCCCCCAAUGCCCCCCUAUGCUGCCAUGGGGCAGGGUCUGGUGCCCCCCGAUCUCCACCACACCCAGCAGUCCCAGAUGUUGCACCAGCUGUUGCAGCAACAUGGAGCCGAGCUCCCCACACAUCCCUCCAAGAAGAGGAAGCACUCUGAAUCGCCUCCCAACACCCUCAAUGCCCAGAUGCUGAAUGGAAUGAUCAAACAAGAGCCUGGGACGGUGACAGCCCUGCCUCCGCACCCCACUAGGCCUCCAUCCCCAUCCUGGCCGCCCCAGGGCCCACUCUCACCAGGCCCUGGCUCCUUGCCCCUCAGCAUUGCCCGGGUGCAGACGCCACCUUGGCACCCAGCAGGUGCACCCUCACCAGGUCUCCUGCAGGACAAUGACAGCCUCAGUGGCUCCUACCUGGACCCCAACUACCAGUCCAUCAAGUGGCAACCACAUCAGCAGAACAAGUGGGCGACUCUGUAUGAUGCAAACUACAAGGAGCUGCCCAUGCUCACCUACCGUGUGGACGCCGACAAGGGUUUCAACUUUUCGGUGGGCGACGAUGCCUUCGUGUGCCAGAAGAAGAACCACUUCCAGGUGACAGUGUACAUUGGCAUGCUGGGCGAGCCCAAGUACGUCAAGACUCCCGAAGGCCUCAAGCCCCUUGACUGCUUCUACCUGAAGCUGCAUGGAGUGAAGCUGGAGGCCCUGAACCAGUCCAUCAACAUCGAGCAGUCUCAGUCAGACCGCAGCAAGCGGCCCUUCAACCCGGUCACGGUCAGUCUGCCCCCUGAGCAGGUCACAAAGGUGACUGUGGGGCGCUUGCACUUCAGCGAGACCACCGCCAACAACAUGCGUAAGAAGGGCAAACCCAACCCUGACCAGAGGUACUUCAUGCUGGUGGUGGCCCUCCAGGCCCAUGCACAGAACCAGAACUACACGCUGGCUGCCCAGAUCUCAGAGCGCAUCAUCGUGCGGGCCUCCAACCCAGGUCAGUUUGAGAGCGACAGCGACGUGCUGUGGCAGCGGGCGCAGGUGCCCGACACUGUCUUCCACCAUGGCCGUGUGGGCAUCAACACCGACAGGCCCGAUGAGGCGCUGGUCGUGCACGGCAACGUCAAGGUCAUGGGCUCGCUCAUGCACCCCUCGGACCUGCGGGCCAAGGAGCACGUGCAGGAGGUGGACACCACGGAGCAGCUGAAGAGGAUCUCGCGCAUGCGGCUGGUGCACUACAGAUACAAGCCGGAGUUUGCCGCCACAGCCGGCAUCGAGGCUGCAGCGCCAGAGACGGGUGUCAUCGCCCAGGAGGUGAAGGAGAUCCUGCCUGAAGCCGUAAAGGACACUGGAGACGUGGUCUUUGCCAAUGGGAAAACCAUAGAAAACUUCUUGGUGGUGAACAAGGAGCGCAUCUUCAUGGAGAAUGUGGGUGCUGUAAAGGAGCUAUGCAAGCUGACCGACAACCUGGAGACACGCAUUGAUGAGCUGGAGCGCUGGAGCCACAAACUGGCCAAACUGCGGCGACUGGACAGCCUCAAGUCCACCGGCAGCUCAGGCGCUUUCAGCCACGCAGGGAGCCAGUUCAGCCGGUCAGGCAGUGUCCCCCACAAGAAAAGGCCCCCCAAGGUGGCCAGCAAGCCAUCGUCUGUGGUCCCAGACCAGGCCUGCAUCAGCCAGCGCUUCCUGCAGGGAACCAUCAUUGCCCUGGUGGUGGUCAUGGCCUUCAGCGUGGUGUCCAUGUCCACACUGUACGUGCUGAGCCUGCGCACUGAGGAAGACCUGGUAGAAACAGAUGGCUCUUUUGCCGUGUCCACUUCCUGUCUGCUGGCCCUGCUCCGGCCCCAGACCCCUGGGGGGAGUGAGGCCGUGUGCCCAUGGUCCAGCCAGAGCUUUGGGACCACUCAGCUCCGACAGUCCCCUGUGACUACUGGGCUGCCAGGCACACAGCCCUCUUUGCUGCUGGUUACCACCGGCCUCAUCAGCUUGGCCCCAGGCCCAGCCAUCCGUGCCUUAGACCUCUGUUCCGGCCACCCCUGCCCGGUCGUCUGCUGCUCCUCACCCACUCCAAGCACUGCCACUGACCCUAGUCUUGGCCCCAGUUUUAACCCCAGUCAUGGUCUCAGCCCCAGUCCCUCCACCAACCGCUCAGGCCCCAGCCAGAUGGCCCUAUUGCCAGUCACCAACGUCAGAGCCAAGUCCUGGGGCCUGUCAGCCAACGGCAUUGGCCACUUCAAGCAUCCAAAGAGCUUGGAGCCUGUGGCUAGCCCUGUCGUCCCUUUCCCUGGGGGACACGGCAAAACCAAGAACAGCCCCAGCCUUGGUCUCCAUAGCCGAGCCCGCCGAGGGGCCCCCCACCCUGGCCUGGGCCCUGCCCAGCCCACUGAGGCCCAGGACCAGCCAGCCUCUCUCCUCGCAGACCUGGCGCCCUCCCUGACCUCCAUCCAGGUGCUGGAGAAUUCGAUGCCCAUCACCUCCCAGUACUGCGCUCCAGGGCAUGCCUGCAGGCCUGGGAACUUCACCUACCACAUCCCCAUCAGCAACAGCACCCCGCUGCACCUCAGCCUGACCCUGCAGAUGAACUCCUCGUCCCCAGUGUCUGUGGUGCUGUGCAGCCUGAUGUCCAAGGAGGAGCCGUGUGAGGAGGGGGACUUUCCACAGAGCCUCCACACCCACCAGGCUACCCAGGGCACUUCCCACCAGUGGCCAGUAACCAUCCUGUCCUUCCGCGAAUUCACCUACCACUUCCGGGUGGCACUGCUGGGUCAGGCCAACUGCAGCUCGGAGGCCUUGGUCCGGCCGGCCACGGACUACUACUUCCGCUUCUACCGCCUGUGUGACUGAGCUGCCCUCCCCAAAGCAGCACCACACCAGGCCCUGGGGUCCCCUGGCGCCCCUUCCACACUGGAUGCAGUGGUGUUACACUGGAGCCAGCCGCCCGCCGGCCCUCCCGCGGAGAGACUGAGCUGGGCUUGGCCCUCCCCUCGACUGGUGAAACUGGAAGUCCUCACACUGGAGCUGCUGUUCCUGCUGGAUGCCCCUGACACCCCAGAGGGAGCGGGAGAGAGACCUCCUGGGACCAAGACAGGACCAGUUCACAUCUGUCCAGAUAUGGUGGUUGGAGGGCUGGCUUCAGGUGCCCUGGAGGCAAAGGGAAGCCUGGGACUGUCCAGAGCCCACCCUCCCUGCUUCUGUUUUUGAGACUGGGAGUCAACCCUUGUAACCCUCAGAAAGGACCUCCCGCCUUUGAGAUCAGUGGGGGUUUGGAUCGAGCCCUGAGACUUGGCUGGACCCAUGCAUCAGUGGAAGGCUGACAGCCCUCACCCUCAAAGCUGCUCCCUGGGGGGUGGCUAGAUGGUGGACUUUUGGGGGUCUGACUGUUACGCUGGACUUGGACUUCGAAGUUUUAAGUGUGGCCCAGGAGGUUUCUUCUCCCUGGGAGAGCUUGGCUCCAAGAGCUCCCGGGGCAACUGAAGCCAGCCCUGCAUGGGUUAGAGACUCACCGAGUGCCUUAUGUACACUUAGUGCUUGGCGGAAGCAGUGGGGCCCGUGGGCCAGGUAAGCCUUGGCCCCUUGAACCUGGAGUAUCCUGGAAAGGAAGUUCCCUGUGAGCCUCCAGAUGUGGUGCAGCCCCGUGGCGUGAGCUCCUGGGAGCUGCCAGAGCUCUCGGUGUCGGGGACCCAUCAUUCUCUCUGAGCAGAGGAGCAGGAAUCCCUGCGAGGCAGCAGGCCUACUUGGCUGGUGGGUGGAUGCAAAUAGCUUUUGCUGUUAUUAAUGAAGUAAUUACUAAAAUGCACUUAAACUGGGACAGGAGUGGAAGGGUGGAGAUGGAAAGCCCAGAGUGGGUCAGAGCCCUGGGGGGACACUUGCAGACAGGACUCUGGCUCUGAUGUGUCCCCAAGAGCCUUGAGACACCCGUUCCACUCCCAACUACCAAGACUCUGGCCUCUCUCUCCACUCCUUGUCUGCUGGUGGCCUUGCCUCCCCAAAUCAAGGGCUCCCGUGCUGGGUUUGGACAGCCAAGCUGCGGCGGCCCGUGUCUGGCAGUAGGCCCCGUCUCUGCCCACUUCUCCCAGGAGCGGAGCAGUGGGCUUGGGUUAGGGCAGAAGACUUAUGUCGAGUGCCAACGUUAGUCUUUCUUAGUGGGUGCCUGCAGCGUUCUGAGGCCACAUCCCGGCUCAUGGAAGGAGUGUGGAAAUCAUUUCGCCAUGUCUGCUGUGGGUUCAGACAUGGCGGCGGGACUUGCCAUCUGUCUUUGCCCUGUGAUAGUUGGCCACUUCUUUGGGAACCAGGCCUUGCCCCUCUCCAUCCUCAUUUCCAGCUUUGAAUAGGAGGACUCUUGGGGGGGCUUGGGGUGGGGCAGGGCUAAAUCUUGAAGCCUGGGCACUGCAGGCUCCUUUCUGCCAUGGAUCUCAAAGCACUUAUCCUCAGGAUGGGGAGGCCCUGGGGGCUGGGGGACUAGUGGGGAUAUCUGGCCUCCCAGACCCCUCCCCAAGGUGGCUCCACUCCCUCAUUCUGACAUAGGAAUUACAUGGCUCCCUACACCAUGCAGCCUUAGGACUAGUCUGUUCUCCCUCCUCCCACUGGGGGAACCUCCCUAAAUGCCUUAAAACUGCCAAGCCCCGCCCCUUAUAAUAGGAUUCUGGGGCUUCCACAGUGGGCUGCAAGUUCUUAGACUGCCACCCCUUAGUCCUUAACUGGAAAAUGACCCUCUACUGCCCCCUGGAGCCCAUGUGGACACAGCAUAGCCCCAGUCUGGUUAGCAGCUGGCUGUUUCCAUGCCUGGGGAGGGGUCCUCAGUGCAGGGGUUGGGGCCAAGUGGGGGCUCCAAGCUGCUCAAAGGGGGUGGGGGUCAACCUUGGACCAAAGUUGUUUUAAGCCCAGUAAGGUGAAAGGGUGGCAGGGAAGGUGAAUGGGCCACCUGCUGGAGGCUGACAGCUGCAGGCUGGGGCUGGUAAGUGGGUGUUUUGGCUCCAUGCCCUACCCAGGAUCCAGCAGUCAUCCGUCCCUUUGUCCCCUUUGGCAUUUAUUCCUGUAGCCACUGGGCUAAUCUUCCCCAAGCUUCAAGCUGUACAUAGAGCCUCUCAAUGCACAAGACCCCUGCU